CUAAGGCCACGUGACUAGUGGGGCGGUACUCCCAGAGCUCCGGGAUCUCUAUGGUUCUCACCGACUCGCUAGAGGACGUUUGGUCCGCUGGAGGACUCCCUACAUUCUUCCUCCAUUACCUCACUGCCUCCGGUGGCUGCUGGGAUAGAGGAGGACUCGGGUCCCGACUCGACUCAGUCCUCCACCCGCCCCGGGAAUACCUCUAGUUCUCCCCGGCCGCCGCCGCCCCGCCGCUUCCUCCUCUGCCCUCCUGCCGGCCUCCUUCGGGCGUCCUCACCCGCGUUGGGUCUCGGCUUUUCUCGGGAGCCUCCACCCAGACGCAUGGCUCCAUGAAGCAGGAGGAAGAGAAGGCAGAGCGCGAGAGGUCCCGUCCGCCCCGGCCGCGUCUGGGUCAGGAGAAAAGGUAUUGCAAGAAGGAAUGGAAUUGGAAAAAAGAAGAUUCAUGCCAGAGACAAAAUAGCUUUCCUUUCCUAUUGUAGCUGUUUCCUCUGGGACUAUAAACUCUCUACAUUCAGGUUCUGCAGCAUUCCAGAUCGCGAACACCAAAUCAGGAUGGGAAAAAGACGUUGUGUUCCUCCCCUUGAGCCCAAGUUGGCAGCAGGCUGUUGUGGGGUCAAGAAGCCCAAACUAUCUGGAAGUGGAACACACAGUCACGGGAACCAGUCCACAACUGUUCCUGGCUCUAGUUCAGGACCUCUUCAAAACCACCAGCAUGUGGACAGCAGCAGUGGUCGAGAAAAUGGAUCGGACUUAACUCUGGGACCUGGAAACUCUCCUAUCACACGAAUGAAUCCUGCAUCUGGAGCCCUGAGCCCUCUUCCCCGGCCCAAUGGAACUGCCAAUACCACUAAGAAUCUGGUUGUGACUGCAGAAAUGUGCUGCUACUGUUUUGAUGUACUCUACUGUCACCUCUAUGGCUUCCCACAGCCACGACUUCCUAGAUUCACCAAUGACCCCUAUCCUCUCUUUGUGACCUGGAAGACAGGGCGAGACAAGCGGCUUCGUGGCUGUAUUGGGACCUUCUCAGCCAUGAAUCUUCAUUCAGGACUCAGGGAAUACACGCUAACCAGUGCACUUAAGGACAGCCGAUUUCCCCCCCUGACCCGAGAGGAGCUGCCCAAACUUUUCUGUUCUGUCUCCCUCCUUACUAACUUUGAAGAUGCCAGUGAUUACCUGGACUGGGAGGUAGGGGUCCAUGGGAUUCGGAUUGAAUUCAUCAAUGAAAAAGGCAUCAAACGCACAGCCACAUAUUUACCUGAGGUUGCUAAGGAACAAGACUGGGAUCAGAUCCAGACAAUAGACUCCUUGCUCAGGAAAGGUGGCUUUAAGGCUCCAAUUACCAAUGAAUUCAGAAAAUCAAUCAAACUCACCAGGUAUCGAAGUGAGAAGGUGACAAUCAGUUAUGCGGAAUAUAUUGCUUCUCGACAACACUGUUUCCAGAAUGGCACUCUUCAUGCCCCGCCCCUGUACAAUCAUUACUCCUGACACACGGCUACAUGACCAGUCCCACCCCCCUGUGGCCACCAAUGGCUAUGACAUCAUUGGAACAGAUGCCUCCUCUUCCUGGUCCAGUUACUUCUAUUACUGCACCAUUUUAUGAUGCUAGCUUCCGUUGCCAAGUCUGCCUCCUGUUGACUGGAGGGUGUGGGGUUACAUUGAUUGCAACAGAACAUGAGGGGCCCAAGCCUUAUAUCAGCCUUUCCUCAAUCUGGGGUUCUGUUGGAUCAGGGCCCCCUAAUAACAGUGACAAUGGCUGUAUGGGUUUAGAAGACCAUUAUCUGGUGAUUUCCCACAUGUGUUGGCCACACACUGAAAACUGGAAUUGAUGAUGAUCCAUGGAGACUUCCUUCUCAACCCCCACAGGCCACCAGACCAAUGAGGUGUACUCCCCUGGCAGUCUGGGCAACGGAGACCAACAUGAACCACUUUUAGGUUGUUUUAAAUUCCUUUUUUAAAACUUCCAGUUUAUUGUGUACCAAGAGUUGAUCACAACCUCCAUGCUUCAUAA